AUCUAUAUGAUAAAUGUGCACACAUCUUAAUUUUAUCAGUGUGUAUUUUACAAUUAACGCACACGAUCUAAAAACGUGCAACUGCUAUUGGGAAAAAGUACCUAAAGUGGUGAUCGCCACGCUCGUGUCUGUUCCGGUUUCAUCAAGCGGCACGCCGCCCCGUACACCACAGUGUCGCGAGCCGGAAGUGGUAGUUCCCAACAAUGGAGAUGACAUAUAUCAGCUAAUGGCGGAUAUAACAUUCAGCGGGCUCCCCGGCUGGAUCGGAGACGCCGAAACUCUAGAUCGCAUACCAGACCAAUACAAAAACCGGACCUUAACACAUUACUUCGGAAAUCAGAAUUGUCACCGGUUGCCUGCGUCGCCGCGCAAUUCCUUUCGUCGGCACCGGAACACUCUCAAUGAAUUGGCUGUUUGUGGAUGGAGUUACUUCAGAAACGUCGACAACAACCGCCGCCCGCGCGUCCUCCUGGACACGGUGUGCUCAUGCAUCGACCCCGGCAUACCGGAUCUGAUAUGUGAGCCGAUCACACGCUACGUGAAGGUCCUCCGUCGGGUGGAAUGUCAAAAUGGCGUGUACGUGUACAGGAAUGUGUUCGAACCCGUGCACGUUGGGUGCGUGGCGGUGGCAAUACCGCCGUCGGUGAGGGCAGGGGACGACGGAGUCAGAAUGGCGCAGUAGUCUCUCCGUAAAUAGGCGAGCGUAGUCUUCUGGAAAAUUCGUGGUGCUAUUUUAUCUUCUUAAACGGCGGAAUAUUUACAUUUACAACGACAAGGAUUUGUCGGAAAAUUUUAGUCACAGAGUUUCAGUUUAUGUCAGUCUCCAUUGUAUGUAUUAGAAUUCAAUGUAUUUUAUAAAUGUGUGUUAUUGAUUGUGCUAUAUGCGAAGCGAGUGUACCGGUGUACGUAUUGUCAUACGUUGUAACAUCUGAGUAUAAUAACCGUAUUAUUUGUAAGCAUUUUUUUUACUCGUCCAUGGUUUUCCUAUGCGUUAAUGUAUA